GCCUCCUCUUAUUUCUGCUGGGAAUGGGAAUCAACAUUCACAGUGAUCUCCUGUUGCGCCAGCUGAGAAAACCCGGGGAAGUCACUUACAAGAUUCCUCAAGGGGGACUGUUCACCUAUGUUUCUGGAGCCAACUACUUUGGAGAAAUUGUGGAAUGGUUUGGUUUUGCCAUAGCAACCUGGUCCCUACCAGCCUUCGCCUUUGCAUUUUUCACUCUUUGCUGCAUUGGGCCACGUGCUUAUCACCAUCACAGGUACUAUCUCAAGACAUUUACGGACUAUCCAAAAUCAAGGAAAGCCUUGAUUCCUUUUGUUUUUUAA